GAACCAAACAACGAAACAACAAACAUUCAAAAGACUGCCGGUAAAGUAUACGUGUAGUAGUUGUCAACGUGUAAAGGGAAUAAUUUAGUUUUGGUCAAUUUUGAGUGAAAUUUUCAGUAAUUAUUUUAAAAUGUCUAGGAAAUUAAUUGGUGGUAUAGAAGGGGGAGCAACACAUUCCAAUGCAAUUAUUCUUGAUUCUUCAGGAAAUAUAUUAGGACAAGCUCCAGGACCAGGAACAAACCACCAUCUAGCAGGGAUGAAAGAAGCUCAAAAAAGGAUAGCUCAACUUGUAGAUGCUGCCAAAAGUAAAGCUAACAUAUCGCUGGAUACUAAAUUAGAUGCCUUGGGUUUGAGUCUUAGCGGCUGUGAACAAGAAGAAACUAAUAAUAUACUAAAAAAAGGACUUCUAGAAGACUAUCCAAAUUUAGCAGAAAAAGUAUUGGUAGCUAGUGAUACUGAAGGUUCAGUAGCUGCCACAUCAAAGACAGGUGGUGUAGUUUGUAUUGCAGGUACAGGAUCAAAUACACUCUUGAUAAAUCCUAAUGGAUCCAGAGUUCAAUGUGGAGGUUGGGGAAACCUUUUAGGAGACGAAGGAAGUGCCUGGAAUAUAUCCCACAUGGCCAUAAAAACAUGUUUUGAUGAAUUAGACAAUUUUGAAAAAUCUCCACAUCCGAUAGGUGCAGUUUGGGAUGUCAUUCGAUCACAUUUCAAAAUAAAAAUACAAGCAGAUAUACUUGAUUAUUUUUACGCCAAUUUUGAUAAGGCGUUUAUAGCGUCUUUAGCUAAAAAAAUCUCAGAAUUGGCUACACGCAAGAACGAUCCUCUGGCUCAGCACAUAUUUAGCAAAGCAGGAAGCUCUAUAGCCCAAAAUAUUACAGCUGUAGUUUUAAAAGCAGAUCCAAAGUUGACUGACAGGGAAGGUGGAAUACACAUAACUUGCGUUGGUUCCGUGUGGCAUAGUUGGGAGUUACUAAAACCAGGUUUCUUAAAAUAUUUGGCUACAACUAAUGUAAAAGAGCUAACCCUAAUGCGACUAGACGUUGAGAGUGGCGUAGGAGCAGCUUAUUUAGCAUCAGAUAAACUAGGCUUAUCUUUGGAUAGAGAUUAUUCUAAAAAUUACAAAAUUCUCUUCCACUAUUUGAAGGAGCAAUCUGCCUGUAAUACUUCUGGACAUAAUCAUAUUUGUGACAAGUAAAUAAAAUUUAUUUUUAGGUAUGUGUCGAAAACAUUUAAGAAAAUAUAAAAUCAAGAUAUACUUGUAGAUUUGUUUGAUAUAUGUUUUAGACAUAUUAUUGUAUUAUAAAUAUAUUUUAUAUGAAUGAUUAUACCCAACUUUAUAAUUAAAUUUUUAAUUUUAAAUAUUUAAAUUCCUUUUUACGUUGAUUAAAGUUCAAUAACUUAUAUUUGCAUGGCAAAAAUAUAGUAAUAUGGAACAUAAAGCAUUAACAAAUAUAAUUUAUAAAUAUCGUUUAUGAACAAGAGAAACAAGCAAAGUUGGACUUCGUAAGCUUUAGGUUUUCACCCAACGUGACCGGAAGUAGAACCAGAAGUCAAUAUUUCAACUCUUCGUUUAAUCUCGCGUCGCUCGUCGAUUGAUUUCACUAAUUUUGUAAUUUUUGCCAGACUUCCGGUCAUAACUUUUUAACCGGAAGUGAUGUAUGAACCGGAAGUAAAUAUUUGUUCUCGUCUUGCUAAGGCGCGUCUAAUAAUAUAUCGCUUGUACUAUUUCGGCGACUUUAAAACUGUACUUCCGGUUUCAACUCUGGAACCGGAAGUCUGAGGUCAAAUUUCUCACCUUUAAUACAAUCUGUGGGUUAUAAGAUCUCAUUUGAUACCUUAUUUGUCAUUCUAUUUGUUCUAAUAACGGAGGAGUUGUGUUCACCACUGACAGACGGACGGACAGACAGACAUUAAUAAUUCAAGGUUUUCACAAUUUUUUUAAUGUUGUGAAAGGGGUAAAAUCAAUAUGUCUAACAUUUCAUUAAUAUUUAACAUCUAUAUAGUUAGAUUCGUCUAAUUGUCGUUUAAUUGAAACUUCUGAAUAAUUCUAAUGUUGGUUUUUAAAAUAUUGCUAUAUUACUUGCUACGCAAAUAUCCAAAUUUCAGUAUAGCAGAUUUCUAUUUAUGCAAGCUGUAUUUAUUCCUUAAAAAUUUUGUAUUAUUUCGGUAUUAUUUUGAAUAAUGAUAUUAAAUAUUUAUUUUAAUAUA